GCGCACGCGCGCCCGAGACUGCCUGCCCCUCUCUGUGACUUUCCUGUGUGUGUGUGUGUGUGUGUGUGUAUGUGUGUGUGUGUAUAUGUGUGUGCGCGCGCGCGUGUGAGAGAGGAGAGAGGGAGAGGAGAGCUCGAGAGAGGGUGAUUGUGUGAGUGCAUGGGAGGGUGUUGAAUAUUCCCAGACACCGGGACCACAGAGGCAGCUCAGCUGAAAACUGCAUUCAGCCAGUUCUCGGGACUUCAGGAGAGGGGACAGGACGCAAGGCAUCAACAGCCACCAGCAAGACCUGGGAAAUAAGGAUUCUUCUGUCUCCACUCAGUGUUUUUAGCAGCUCCUUGCUAAAAUUUCGAUCUCAAAAUGCAGAGGAUCUAAUUUGUUGAGGAUAACGGCCAAAGAAGGAAGAGAAGGAAAAGGGAAAAGGGGUUAUUUUGUGGAUGCUCUACUUUUCUUGGAAAUGCAAAAGAUUAUGCAUAUUUCUGUCCUCCUUUCUCCUGUUUUAUGGGGACUGAUUUUUGGUGUCUCUUCUAACAGCAUACAGAUAGGGGGGCUAUUUCCAAGGGGCGCUGAUCAAGAAUACAGUGCAUUUCGGGUAGGGAUGGUUCAGUUUUCCACUUCGGAGUUCAGACUGACACCCCAUAUCGACAAUUUGGAGGUAGCCAACAGUUUCGCAGUCACCAAUGCUUUCUGUUCCCAGUUCUCAAGAGGAGUCUACGCAAUCUUUGGAUUUUAUGACAAGAAGUCUGUAAAUACCAUAACAUCAUUCUGUGGGACACUCCAUGUGUCCUUCAUCACACCCAGCUUCCCAACAGAUGGCACACAUCCAUUUGUCAUCCAGAUGCGACCUGACCUCAAAGGAGCACUUCUUAGUUUGAUCGAGUACUACCAAUGGGACAAGUUUGCAUACCUCUACGACAGUGACAGAGGCUUAUCAACACUGCAAGCUGUACUGGAUUCUGCUGCUGAGAAGAAAUGGCAGGUGACUGCUAUCAAUGUGGGGAACAUUAACAAUGACAAGAAAGAUGAGACCUACAGAUCGCUCUUUCAAGAUCUGGAGUUAAAAAAAGAACGGCGUGUAAUCCUUGACUGUGAAAGGGAUAAAGUGAAUGACAUUGUGGACCAGGUUAUUACCAUUGGAAAACAUGUUAAAGGGUACCAUUAUAUCAUUGCAAAUCUGGGAUUUACUGAUGGAGACCUGCUGAAAAUUCAGUUUGGAGGUGCGAAUGUCUCUGGAUUUCAGAUCGUGGACUACGACGAUUCCCUGGUGUCUAAGUUUAUAGAAAGGUGGUCAACACUGGAAGAAAAAGAAUACCCCGGAGCACACACAGCGACAAUAAAGUAUACGUCCGCCCUGACCUAUGAUGCUGUCCAAGUAAUGACUGAAGCAUUCCGUAACCUUCGGAAGCAGAGGAUUGAAAUCUCCCGGAGAGGCAACGCAGGCGAUUGUUUGGCCAACCCAGCGGUGCCUUGGGGCCAAGGUGUAGAAAUAGAAAGGGCCCUGAAACAGGUUCAAGUUGAAGGUCUCUCAGGAAAUAUAAAGUUUGACCAGAAUGGAAAGAGAAUAAACUACACAAUUAAUAUCAUGGAGCUCAAAACAAAUGGGCCCCGGAAGAUUGGGUACUGGAGUGAAGUGGAUAAAAUGGUUGUCACCCUAACUGAGCUCCCUUCUGGAAAUGACACCUCUGGGCUUGAAAAUAAAACUGUGGUUGUCACCACAAUAUUGGAAUCACCAUAUGUUAUGAUGAAGAAAAAUCAUGAAAUGCUUGAAGGAAAUGAGCGUUAUGAGGGCUACUGUGUUGACUUAGCAGCAGAAAUUGCCAAACAUUGUGGGUUCAAGUACAAGCUGACUAUUGUUGGGGAUGGCAAGUAUGGGGCCAGGGAUGCAGACACCAAAAUUUGGAAUGGUAUGGUUGGAGAACUUGUGUAUGGGAAAGCUGACAUUGCAAUUGCUCCAUUAACUAUCACCCUUGUGAGAGAAGAGGUGAUUGACUUCUCCAAGCCCUUCAUGAGUCUUGGAAUCUCUAUCAUGAUCAAGAAGCCUCAGAAGUCCAAACCAGGAGUCUUUUCCUUUCUUGAUCCUUUAGCCUAUGAGAUCUGGAUGUGCAUUGUGUUUGCCUACAUUGGGGUCAGUGUAGUUUUAUUCCUGGUCAGCAGAUUUAGCCCCUACGAGUGGCACACUGAGGAAUUUGAAGAUGGAAGAGAAACACAAAGUAGUGAAUCAACUAAUGAAUUUGGGAUUUUUAAUAGUCUCUGGUUUUCCUUGGGUGCCUUUAUGCAGCAAGGAUGCGAUAUUUCGCCAAGAUCCCUCUCUGGGCGCAUUGUUGGAGGUGUGUGGUGGUUCUUUACCCUGAUCAUAAUCUCCUCCUACACGGCUAACUUAGCUGCCUUCCUGACCGUAGAGAGGAUGGUGUCUCCCAUCGAAAGUGCUGAGGAUCUGUCUAAGCAAACAGAAAUUGCUUAUGGAACAUUAGACUCUGGCUCCACUAAAGAGUUUUUCAGGAGAUCUAAAAUUGCAGUGUUUGAUAAAAUGUGGACUUACAUGAGGAGUGCAGAGCCCUCUGUCUUUGUGAGGACUACAGCAGAAGGAGUAGCCAGAGUCAGGAAAUCCAAGGGGAAGUACGCCUACCUCCUGGAGUCCACCAUGAAUGAGUACAUCGAGCAGAGGAAGCCUUGCGACACCAUGAAAGUGGGAGGCAACCUGGAUUCCAAAGGCUACGGCAUCGCCACACCUAAAGGAUCCUCAUUAAGAAAUGCGGUUAACCUCGCAGUACUAAAACUGAAUGAACAAGGCCUGUUGGACAAAUUGAAAAACAAAUGGUGGUACGACAAAGGAGAGUGCGGCAGCGGGGGAGGUGAUUCCAAGGAAAAGACCAGUGCCCUCAGUCUGAGCAACGUUGCUGGAGUAUUCUACAUCCUGGUCGGGGGCCUUGGUUUGGCAAUGCUGGUGGCUUUGAUUGAGUUCUGUUACAAGUCAAGGGCCGAGGCGAAACGAAUGAAGGUGGCAAAGAAUGCACAGAAUAUUAACCCAUCUUCCUCGCAGAAUUCCCAGAAUUUUGCAACUUAUAAGGAAGGUUACAACGUAUAUGGCAUCGAGAGUGUUAAAAUUUAGGGGAUGACCUUGAGUGAUGCCAUGAGGAGCAAGGCAAGGCUGUCAAUUACAGGAAGUACUGGAGAAAAUGGACGUGUUAUGACUCCAGAAUUUCCCAAAGCAGUGCAUGCUGUCCCUUACGUGAGUCCUGGCAUGGGAAUGAAUGUCAGUGUGACUGAUCUCUCGUGAUUGAUAGGAACCUUCUGAGUGCCUUACACAAUGGUUUCCUUGUGUGUUUAUUGUCAAAGUGGUGAGAGGCAUCCGGUAUCUUGAAGGCUUUUCUUUCAGCCAAGAAUUCUUAAGUACGUGGAGUUCACCUUGUAAGGAAAGAUUCAUUACAAACAGAGCAUCCUUUUCUACUCCGAAUUUCAGACAAAGCGUGGUGGACAUGCACAGCUAACAUGGAAGUACUAUCAUUUAACUGAAGUCUUUGUACAGACAACAAACCCGUUUCCGCAGCCACUAUUGUUAGUCUCUUGAUUCAUAAUGACUUAAGCACACUUGACAUCAACUGCAUCAAGAUGUGACCUGUUUUAUAUAAAAAAAGAAAAAAAAACAUUUAAAAUAAAAAAAAUAUUUUUAGGUAUUUUCACAGACAAACUGGCUUUUAAAUAAAUUUGCUUCCAUACUGGUUGGAUAUGACAAAAAAAAAAGUCAAACUGAGUGGGAAGUGAUGGAAAAAAAGGUCCAUGGUAUUAGUUCCAUAUUUUUCAAAGCCAAAUAUGUAAAUGCUGAGGAAGGAAAGAGAUGAGACUCCAGUCCUGUAAUUUAAUAUUGUUAUUAAAACUUUAAUGUAUCCUAUUCUUUAACAUUUGGUGUUAAUAUGAAACUACUUGGCAAUGCUUGACAUUUGAAAUAAACAUUUUUCUAUUGUUUUAUUUGCAAGUGGUCGAAUUAAUUUUGCUUAGCUACAGUUUGGUCAUAAAUCCAGUGAGUUUAAAGACGCUAAUAUGUAGUCUUUAGGAUCCCAAAGAAAAGAUCCUCAUGUAAAAGGAAGGAAAAUUUCUUUCUUUUUUCAGGUAGGAAUUUCCCCUAAAUAGUAUAUCUAAAACUAUUUUUUUCUGUACAUUAUACUAUAUGUAAUAAAAUAUCUGUUGAUUAAAAAGCAUUUAGUCUAUAUAGAUAAAUGCUUAUAGAUUUAAAAACCAAAUUUAUAAAGAAAUAUCAGAACAUGUGAAUUUCCACUCCAGAUUUGUUUAAGCUUCCAGAGGAGUAGUAGUAACUAUAAAUGCCAUGAGGGUAGCUGUUCAGAUACCUGCACACUGGCCAAAUUCUAUAAUCUAGUGAUACAUUUUUAGUUUUAAAAUUAUAAGAACUAACAUCAGUGUUUGAAUACUUUAGUCACCUACAAUAUUGUUUCUUUCUCUCCAUUCCAAUCUAUAAAAUAAACCAUAAUAUAUUAUUUUUAAUUCAUGCCUCAGGUAGAAUGGGCACUUUAAUAUGUCUAAUGUGGAUACUGUCCCAUCUCUGUAACUUUCUAAGAGAUUAUAUUACUCUAGUUGAUAAGUUUAAUUCAUCUAUCGAUCCCUCAUUAAAACGCUUUUUUAUUUCCACUAAUGACCUCCAAAUAAAUUUACUUUAGGGUUAAAAGCAACUGACACCCAGUAGUUACCUUUAAGAUUUAUAAUUGUUAUUUUUUUCCUCAUAAAAUUUCUAUGUAAUAUUUGGUGUCUGACCAAGUGCUUUGUAGAGCAUCCUACUGGUUAUUUUUAAAGAAAAGAAUGGAAAAUGUAAGAUUUAACAGUAGCCACCUGCAUCCUACAUAGUAGCAUGCAGUUUCAUGGCAAUCUUCACUAAAUUUUGCCAUCCCUCUACAAAUUCCAAGAUCAUACAAAAUAAUUUUAGUGCAUUACUCAUCAGGGAUAUUGGAGGUACAUUUUAAGUUUUAGUAAUAAAUGCUAGGAUGACCAAAUUGCAGCCUAAUUAUUUCCAUAUUGUACUUAAAAUGAGUUUUAAAAAAAUUAUAAAAGAGAUGACUAUAUACAAUCAGUGCUGUUUAUUGGACCUCUGGGCCUACUCUUCCAAAAAUUGAGCUUAUCAGUUUUCUCUGUCAAGCUUGAACUAAUGUAAAUAAUUGAAAUAAUGUAAAGUUAUAUUUUCAUGUUUUUAUAGAUAUGACAUGACAAGAAUACAUAAUGUAUGAGUAUCUCAAGUGUGGAUAAUGUUGAUUGGCUAACCAGAGCUCAGUUAUAGACAGUAAAACCUAGUUCAAUAUCCAUGUAACAGUGCAUCAGUAUAUUGCUGUAUAGAUGUGUCUGUGUGCAUAUAAGUGAUAAGCGCUCAAAUAAGAGUGAUGACAGCUGUCUAAAGGUUUUUUUUAUUCAUUUUAUAUAAACUGUUAUGAAAAGACCAAAAUGUUUAUGAACUAUUCUUAUGUAAAUUUACAACUGUCCUUUACUGUACUUUUUGUUUACAGUAUAGUAUCUUAUUCUCUGCUGUGUUAAGUGGGUGUCAUACUCCAAGGAGACAUACACUUUCUACAACUUCUAUUGAAGAUACUGGGAUUUCCAAUUUUUCAUGUGUACUAUGUCACAAAAUGCUUUUAAUUUUAUUUUUAAAUCUAACAUCUGAUGGCUUUUUCAGAGUGUUGUGAAAACUUCAGUCAUACAUAAAAUAUGUUCUUAUAAAAAGCCAAGAUCUUUUUUUUUUUGGUUUUUACUUAAUAGUUCAUCAAUCAUAAUGAGAAACCAAAAAGUGUAUCUUAUAUUAUCCCCAAAUAAAUCCAGAUGCUUCUAGCGAAGGGGGGCAUCUCUGCUCAGUUUGUCAGCUAGGUAUGAAUAGAACCAAGUAAGAAUGUCUUUUUAAAUUUAAAUUAAGAUGAUUAGUAAUUCUGAUAUUCCACACCCAUAGUCAUUAUGUGCUUUGGGCAUAUAUAGAAACGUGGCUAAUGAUUAAAUGACUUACUUUGUAAUAUGCUCCAUUGGUAAAAUAACAUUCAUUGUGGUCAUCAACCAUCCUACUGUGCCGUCAUAUCAUCUGCUAUGGUACUCACAUUAAAAAGUAGGAAAGUAA